ACAGAGCGAGCGCGACGUUCAGUGAGGCAAGAUGCGCGAGCGCGGCGAACGCCCGCCGCCGCCGCCGCCGCCGGGGAUGUCGCCUUGGCUGACGCUGCUCGUGCUUCUCGCGGGGGCGCUGACGGCUACGGAGGCGGACAGGGGCUUCCUGAUCGCGGCGCCCAAGCGGAUGCUGGCCGGCUCGACGGAGCGCGUGUGCCUGGCCUUCUUCAACGUGUCGGGGCCGGCGCACGUGCAGCUGCACGUGCUGCGCGCCGACUCGGACGAGCGGCUGGCGGCGGCGUCGCACCGCGUGCUGGCCGAGGAGGCCGCGUGCGUGCCGCUGGCCGUGCCCGCCGCCCCGGCCGCGCAGCCGCCGCCCGCGCGCGCGCGCCUCCUGGUGCAGGCGCGCUUCGACCACGCCUACGACUACGUCGUGAGCGCCGUGCGGGAGGUGCGCGUGCAGGCGCAGCCCCUGCUCGUCUUCGUGCAGACGGACCGCGCGGCCUACCGGCCCGGGCAGCGCGUGCGCGUGCGAGUGCUCACGCUGCGCCACGACCUGACGCCCGCGGACGGCGCCGUGGCGGCCGCGUGGCUGCUGUCGCCCGCCGAGGUGCGCCUGGCGCAGUGGACGCGCCCCAAGUCGCAGCUCGGCCUCGGAACGUGGACGGUGCGCGUGCGCCUGGACGACGACGCGACGGAGCACUCGGCGUCGUUCGCCGUGCGCGAGUACGUGCUGCCGCGCUUCACGGUGACGAUCGAGGGCCCGCGCUACGUGCUGGCGGACGCGGCGCACGUGGCGUGGCGCGUGUGCGCGCGCUACACGCACGGGGAGCCCGUGCGCGGGCGCGUGGCGGCGCGCGCCGAGCCGCGCGUGCCGGCGUGGCGGGCGGCCGGCGCGCGCCAGGGCUCCGCCACCGACGCGGCGAUCAACGGCUGCUUCUCCUUCAACGUGUCCGCCGCGCUGCUGGGCCUGCGCGACUGGGACACCUCGCCCUCCGCCGUGCGGCUCUACGCAGAGCUGUGCCUCAAGGCGCGCCGCCGCCGCGAGUGGAGCCGCAGCCUGGUGCAGUGCCGCAACUUCUCGUCGGGCGCCGACGGCGUGCUGCACUUCCGCGUGCCGCCGCAGGGCCCCGACGUGCAGCUGCUCUCGCUCGUGGCCACGGCCGUGGACUUCCCCACCAAGUACUACGCGCCGGGCACGCGCUGGCGCGUGCUCAUGGACCAGCCGUCCGCCUUCUUCGACGUGCACGCCUGGUUCUCGCCCUCGAAGCACUUCCUCGAGGUCGUGGACGACGACCCCGCGGGCCCGCGCUGCGGGGCGCCGCACGACUUCUCCGUCUACUACACCGGCUCCACGCCUCUGCAGCUGCGCUACCUGGUGACGGCGCGCGGGGACAUCGUACAGGCGGGCGUGGCUCCGGUGCAGGAGCUGCCGGCGGCGGCGGAGGCGCAGCACCCGCACUCGCUCGGCGACGCCGGGGCGCCCGCGCCGCGCCGCUUCCUGCUCUCGCUCAAGGUGUCCGCGCGCAUGGCGCCCGCCGCCGCGCUGCUCGUCUACCAAGCGGGGCUGCCCGGCGGCGAGGUGGCGGCCGCGUCGCUCGCGCUGCGCCCGCCGCACUGCUUCGCCAACCCGGUGAGUCCCCCGGUCUUCCCCCACACG